AUGGCUACCGCCACAAACACGCAGACAGCGCAGCAGCAGCAGGACCCGACGUCGCGCUUCUCGGUCAUGACCGAGGGGUCGGACGACGCGGCCAUCGCGGCAGCAGUGCGGCCCUCGCAGCGGCCGGCACGCACCAACAGCCGCACAAUGUCGACGCGGCUGCAGGACGGCACGGACCACUUCAUCGACGACGACAACGACACGCCGGGCGAGAAGAGCCCCGUGGGGCGCACGUACUACUUCGACCUCAAGGGCGACACGCGGCUGCUGGUGCGCAACGACGCGGGCGUCGAGAACGUCUUCGUCGCGUCGUCCAAGGCCAUGACGCUCGUGUGCGACGCGUGGGACCGCAUGCUCGCGCCCGACGGCCACUUUAAGGAGGCCCAGCGCGAGCAGCUGGAUGAGGAAGAGGGUGGUGGAGCCGCUGCCAAGGAGAUUGAUCUGCCUGAUGAUGAUGCCACGGCGCUGUCCAUCCUGCUGGAUAUCGCCCACUUGCGCUUCAGUUUGAUCCCCGCGAAGCUGAGCUUCAGGCACCUGCUCGGCGUCGCGGUGCUGGCUGAGAAGUACGGCGCGGGGAAGGCGUUUCAGCCGUGGUUGUCCAUGUGGGUGAAUGCGCAGAGGAAGAAGGUCGGCUUGCCUGGGUACGAGGAGUGGUUGUGGAUCGCGUGGGCGUUCGGGGAGCAGGAGAUCUUCGCGGAUUUGGCGGCGAAGUUGGUCAGGGAGGUGCAGGUGGACGAUAAGGGGCGGAUGGUGAAUGCGGCCGGGAAGGUGUUGGAUGCGGAGGGUGGGCUGGGCUGGUUCCCGCCGGAUAUCUUGGAGAGCAUUAUGAGCGUGCGGACGGCGACGAUUGCGCUGCUGCAGGACGCGUGCUACGGCUACCAGGACAGGUAUCUGGCUUCGUACACUGUCCCAGAUACAGCCAGCGUCUGCUGCCAUUGUGGCGUGGACAAUGACCGUGAAUGCGACGCCAUGGUCUUGGGCUCGUUCAUCAUCUCACUGCAUCAGAACGGCCUCAGCCCGUCGAGAGAGGACCCAACCAAGGUGAAAAUGAGCAUCGAGGAAUUUGCAGAGAGGCUCAAGCGGGUUGAACUGAUUGAUUGCCGCCACAACCACUUUGGGAGCUGCAAUUUUGCGCCGGAGCUGUGGGGGAAAGUGGAAAAGGUCUUGGGGUCCAUCCCUUCGCCAGUCCUGGAUUCACAUCUUUUCUUGAGCUUCUAUCUGGACACGACACCCAAACUUUUCUUCAUCUCCGCGAUUCACUCAAAGACAAACGACAUGCCCGACUCUAACGAGAACGUCGCGGAAAGCGCACCGCCGUCUCCCACGACCCAGGCCAUUCCAGAGGUCGUGUACUUCGAUGACGAAGGGGACGUUCGCGUCUUAGUCCAUGAUAAGGGCGUACAGAAAGUUUUCAUCGCCUCCUCCAAAGCCAUGAGUCUCUUCUGCGAUCCUUGGAAGCGGGUGUUUGCUGGCAACUUCAAAGAGGCUCAAGCCGGCGAAGAUGGAAUGAAAGAGGUAGCAUUUCCUGAAGACGACCCGAAGGCUCUCACUAUCUUGCUUAACGUUGCACACCUCCGAUUCGACAAACUCCCCAAACAAAGUCUAUCGUUCGAAACUCUCAGGGACUUGAUUGUGCUAUCAAACAAGUACUGCACAACCAUUCUCUUGAAACCCUGGAUUGAUGUGUGGUCGGAUUACCUCCGACAGCGCUCCGGAAAAUUCGAGUACGAAUACGGUCGGGAGGAGUUACUUUUCAUCUAUUGGGAGCUCGGAGAAGAGCGAAGGCUUGAAGACCUAGCGAUUAGACUGGCAAAGGAGAUUGAAAUCUCUGCAGACGGCAAAUGCGUGGACAAGAAAGGCAAGGUCCUGGAUCCAGAUGAAGGCUUCUGCUAUUUUCCGCCAGGUCUUCUCGAUUCAAUCCUAUGCAUUAGGACACAGACCAUCGAUAGCAUGCUGGACAGCCUCUACCACUACGUGGUCAGAUACCUAUCGGCAUACCAACAAAAAGAUCCGAGGCAAAUGUGCCAAGGAGGAAACAGCAUGGAACAAAAGCGAGCCUGCGAUUCUCUCAUCCUUGGUUCUCUGAUCACAUCUGUCCAAUGUGCUGGACUGGGUAUCAAUCGACCUCGUACCAAAAGCAUAAAGUGGAGUGUGGAUACUCUGCUCAGCAAGAUUUUGAGCGUCAGCAUAUCCGAGUUCCCCUGUGGAUGCGGCUCUGAAGAUCACAUUUACUGCAACUUUUCCAGUGAUCUUUAUUGGUCCAUUGAAAAGAUCUAUGAGAAAAUGGCUUCCCCGGUUCUUGAGUGCCACCUCGAGCACGCCCAGCGCCAGAUGAAGCUCCUCCGCGAUUACUAG